AUGGAAAAUAUUUCCUAUGACAGUGACACUCUUACAAUGGAAGGAUUAGACAUUUCUGAAUCAUCCACAUAUCCAGUGUUUUUCACAUUACUCUUUAUCUAUAUUGCACUGCUAAUAACCAAUAUUGGUGUUCUUGUUAUCAUAAUUGCAGAAAGAAGCUUACACCAACCUAUGUAUCUACUAUUCUGCAACUUGUCUGUCAAUGAUAUUCUAGGUAACACAAUCUUAAUGCCCCGUGUACUGUUAGACAUGGUUUCUAAAGAGAGGUUAAUUUCAUAUAGUGCGUGUGUUACACAGGCGUUUUUCAGUCACACUUAUGGCUCGGCUUCACACACCAUACUAAUCGUAAUGGCCAUUGAUAGAUAUGUUGCGAUAUGCAAUCCAUUGAGAUACAGCGCAAUUAUGACAACCAAGGCAGUUGUGACUUUGUCUGUGUGUGCUUGGGGUUUUUCAGUUGUAUUAGUUGGUGUAUUACUUAGCCUCACAAUCAGGCUGUCUCGCUGUAGGUCACUCAUUAAGCAUGCCUUUUGUGACAAUGCAUCCUUGUUCAAAUUAUCAUGUGAAGAUGUUUCUAUUAAUAAUAUAUAUGGGCUGUUUUACACUGUGCUGCUGUUUUCCUCAUCAAUGGGUACCGUUGCUAUUACUUACAUUAGAAUUGCUGUCAUAUGCUGGACAAAGAAAAAUGCAGAGCUCAACAGCAAAGCCAUUCAAACGUGUGCAAGUCAUUUAGUUUUGUAUCUGAUCAUGCUCCUGAUGGGAUACAUAAUCAUCAUCAUGCAUCGGUUCCCAGAAAACCCAUUUUUAAGAAAACUCAUUGCCAUUCUUUUUCAUGUUAUACCUGCCCAUUUAAAUCCAAUUAUUUAUGGCCUACAGACUAAACAUUUAAGACUGAAAAUGUUGCAAGUAUUUGGUAGAAAAAUCAAUCCCAGUUAA